UUUUUGUACCAACUUACACUUGUGGUAGGCUCCUGAGGUAGGCUAAAUAUGUUUAAGUUCGUGGCUAUUUUGGUUUUUCUUGUUGCCGUUUCGGCUAACAAACAAACCCCUUUCGUUCAUCCCAAUGCACGAAACGCGAAUUUAUUAGCUUCUCGUUUAACGAUCAUCAAUGGCAAAACUGCUGCUCCCCAUCAGUUUCCCUAUCAAGUUGGAAUAUACGUCACAACCCCAAAUUACAUAGACUUUUGCGGUGGAUCUUUAAUCUCUAGCAAUUACGUUUUAACAGCUGCCCACUGUCUGGAAAGCGCUACUAAUGUAAAGUUGAUUUUCGGAGCUCAAAAUAUCACAGAUCCAUCCGAAUCAACCCAGGUUCAACUAAAAUCGGAAUCCUUCGUCGUCCAUGAAGGGUGGAAUCCGAAGACUUACAGUAACGAUAUCGCUUUAAUUAAGUUACCAACGCCUGUAAAGGAAACCAACGCAAUAAAAAUCGUAUCUUUGGCACGAGGUGAACGAACAUACAGCCACGAACAAGGAGCUGUGGCAGGUUGGGGAAUAAGCAGAAGAAACCAAAAAGGUGUCACCCCAAUUUUGCAGUACAUAACGCCCUAUAUACUGUCCAAUAGGGAUUGCAAAAAUAUCGAUCAGAAUUACGCCGCAGUGAUAACAGAUUUGCUACUUUGCAUAUCUCCUGGCUACUCGAAGCUUUCUACAUGCCAAGGAGACUCAGGUGGUCCAUUGGCUGUAAAUGGCAUACAAGUAGGACUCGUCUCUUUCGGUGCCACCGAUUGCCUAUCGGGAAAACCUUCCGUUUUUACGCGUAUAAAUAAGUACGAGAGUUGGAUAAGCAAAAAUUCAGAUGUACAUUUCUUAGAUUAAAAUGUUAUCCUUACAUUUCCAAUUAGGUAAAAUUUGGAUUUUUAUUUGUUCAUUACCUUUGGUUAUUAUUUACAAUCAAAUAAAUUUAUUACAAUAAAAAAAGUUAUCUUGA